CCGCCUGAGUGAAAAAAGUCGUACUAUCCGGCGUAUACUUCAGAGCGCUACAACUUUCUGUUUGUAACACACAUCCCCGCCCUCACCGCAAUGUUUGGUUUAAGAGCGGCACCCAGAGCUUUUAGAGCUUUCAAACCGAUCCUGUUAACUCCGCUCAGAUCUUUCCGCCUCUCCCACCAUGCCCUCGGUGAGCUGACCGCGGCCCCAAAGAAGCGCCUCACCGGUUUCCAAGAGCACCAGCUUAAACACAACUUAUCCAACGAUGAAAUGGCGACAUUGUACCGUGAAUAUAGAGAAGAAAAGACCCGUAAGAGAAACUUGACCAUUGGGUUGUACUUUUCCUCCAUCGCCGUCGUCACUUUGGCCUUGGGCUACGCGUCAGUACCGUUGUACCGUUUGAUCUGCCAGCGUACCGGCUGGGGUGGCACACCGAUCACUGACCAGACCAAGUUCACCCCAGAUAAGUUUGUGCCAGUGGAUCUCGACCACAAGAUUAGAAUCUCCUUCACCACUCAAACCUCCGGAAUCUUGCCGUGGAAGUUCACACCGCAGCAACGCGAGGUGUACUUGACCCCGGGCGAGACCGCGUUGGCAUUCUAUAAGGCGAAGAAUUACUCUGAUAAGGAUAUCAUCGGGAUGGCAACCUACUCGGUAACACCUGACCAUGUAGCACCGUACUUUAACAAGAUCCAGUGCUUCUGUUUCGAGGAACAGCGGUUGCUGGCCGGUGAAGAGGUCGACAUGCCAGUAUUCUUCUUCAUCGACCCUGAGUUUGCCAGUGAUCCGGCGAUGAGAAAUAUUGACGACGUUGUGUUGCACUACACCUUCUUCAAGGCUAGAUAUGACGAUGAUGGUGAACUUACUCCGGAAGUUUCUGCGUAGGCAACGGCUAAUUACUGUAUAUAGUGUCAUGUAAUCUUAGAUGAAAAGCGUGAAAAAGUUGUAGAUACAAACGGUGGUCUGAUGAAAUAAGAAAACCA